CACCCCCAGUUAUAACUACGCCCCCAACAUGGAUAAACACUGGAUCAUGCAGUACACCGGUCCCAUGAGACCCAUCCACAUGGAGUUCACUAACUUCCUGCACAGGAAGAGACUGCAAACACUCAUGUCAGUGGACGACUCUGUACAGAAGGUAUAUGAGAUGUUGGUAGAGAGUGGGGAACUGGACAACACCUACAUAAUCUACACGGCUGACCACGGCUACCACAUUGGCCAGUUUGGGCUGGUCAAGGGGAAGUCCAUGCCCUACGACUUUGACAUCAGAGUGCCCUUCUUUCUCCGCGGGCCCAACGUCGAACCUGGAGCUGUUGUCCCUCAGCUGGUGUUGAACAUUGAUCUGGCCCCCACCAUACUGCACAUGGCUGGGCUGGACACGCCUCCAGACAUGGACGGGAAGUCCAUCCUCAAACUACUGGACCAGGAGAAGACUGGAAACAGAUUCAAACGCAAUCGGAAACCCAAAGUCUGA